UAUUGUUCACCAUUUUCCCACCAUGAACAACCUUUUAACGGAGUCAUGUGAGUUACCUAGAGGUGUAAUCCAUGGUAGAGAUAUCGAGUUAGGAGGAGCUCCGCUGAAUUCUGGAGAAGUGUGCCUUCAAGAGUUCUUUGUAAAGGUUCAAGAGAUAGAUAAAGAAUAUGAGAAUCUGGAUAAACUACUCAAAAAGCUUCAGGAAGCACAUGAGGAAUCAACAGAAAUAACCAAGGGUCCUGCAAUGAAAGCUAUCAAAGAGCAAAUGGAGAAAAACGUUGCUGAAGUUGGAAGAAUUGCUCAUUUUGUAAAGGGGAAAAUUGAUGAACUGGACAGAGACAAUUUAGCCAAUAGGCAGAAGCCUAGAUGUGGAAAAGGAACAAGUGUCGAUCGAUCAAGAGCCGCAACAACUCUUGCCGUGAAAAAGAAGUUGAAAGGCAAACUAGAUGAGUUUCAGAUUCUUAGGGAGAGAAUCCAGAAAGAGUAUCGGGAGGUUGUUGAGCGACGUGUUUUCACUGUGACGGGCACUAGACCAGAUGAAGAGACAAUUGAAAGAUUGAUUGCGACUGGAGAUAGCGAAAAAAUAUUCGAGAAAGCAAUUCAGGAGCAGGGACGGGGACAGAUAAUGAACACCGUGUUUGAAAUUCAAGAGCGCCACUAUGCAGUGCGAGAUUUGGAGAAGAUGCUUCUUGAUUUACAGCAGGUAUUUGUGGAUAUGGCGGUUUUGGUCGAAGCACAAGGAGACAUGCUAGAUAACAUAGAAACUCAGGUUUUGAAUGCCGUAGAUCACGUGCAGUCGGGGCAUGCAGAGUUGGUAAAUGCGAGGAAGAAUCAGAAGAACGCCAGGAAGUGGACGUGCUAUGCUAUUCUACUCCUACUCGUGAUUAUUGUAACUGUUGUCCUUGCUGUGUUCGGCCCUGGGAAAUACACAAGGUCGGCUUAG